UGCUCUGCCAACCUCACUCCCCAAGUGUAAACUCUGACUCGCUACCGAGCCUGGGAGCAGGAAGCGUGGGAUUGUUCUCGCAGCAGUCGCAUUCUAGGGUUUUUCUGCAACUAAUUCGAACCCUGAUUCGGUCAUCUUCUUUCUCAGCAUCUCAAAAUCCUAACUUUUGGGUAUAUUCCCCUCCGAAAACUCUUACUCCGUCCUUUUCUAAAUCCACCCAAACCUCUAAAUCCUAGGGUUUUCAUAUCACCCGUCCCUUUGGGUUUUUUUUUUUUUUUUUUUUUUUAACUUCUCCUACGCAAAAGAUCCGAAACCAAAGCUUUAAUCAGAUUCAGACUGCUGGUUUUGUGUUCAAAUUAGGGUUUUUUAAGCUUAUUUACAUGUAUGGCUUCGGGGUUAUUACGGGAUGACGAAGCGAGAGAGAAGAAGCGCAGGUGGGAGGAGAGCAGCAAGGUCUAUAGCCGAAAGAACCACAAGAAACCCAAUAAUUACGGCAAUGCCACCCAGCUGUCCCCCUCUCAAACCCUAGCCACCACCACCGAAGAUAACAACUCCUCUCAGCCGCCGUGGACGUUCGAUUCGGUGGCGUCAGACGACUCUUCAAGCCAGAAUCUGCAUGAACCGGUUUCACAGAGCUGCCGUGAGCUCGCCAAGGGGAAUGGCUUGCCGGACUAUGCCAGGUUCGAGAACCGGGUUAGGAUUAGCGUGAAAUCAAGGUCGAAGAGUGAGGUUAGAGAGCUUAGGAGGAAGCUAGCGAGUGAGCUUGACCAUGUGAGAAGCUUAAUGAAGAAGCUUGAAGUUGUGGUUGAUAAAGUUGGAACUGCAAUGAGGGUCAAUUCAGAGGCGGGUUCGAAUUCAAAACCAUUUCGGAGUUUGACCGUGUCUGCGGCGGAGAAGAAUGAGCAACCAAUUGGUGAAUCAGCGGUUAAAGAGAAGAAGACGCCCAAGGCGAAUAAGCAUAAUCAGAAUUUGGGUCUCGUCUCGGGGAAGGAGACCAAAAAGAAGUUGAAAUCCAAUGGAGGGAAGAGGGAUGGUGGGGGUGAAAUGGGAUUGGGGUUUGGUAAAGAUUGGUAUUUGAGUCCGGUGUUUAAGAGUUGCGCCGAUUUACUCUCCAAGUUGAUGAAGCAUAAGUUUGGUUGGGUUUUCAAUAAGCCGGUGGAUGUGAAGGGUCUCGGGCUUCGUGAUUAUCAUACCAUUGUCAAGCACCCAAUGGAUUUGGGAACCGUGAAGAAUAGGCUGAAUAAGAAUUGGUACAAGUCCCCCAGGGAGUUUGCAGAGGAUGUAAGACUCGCAUUUAAUAAUGCCAUGUUGUAUAACCCGAAAGGGCAGGAUGUUCACUUCAUGGCUGAGCAGCUUUCCAAAACAUUUGAGGAGCAAUGGAAACCUAUAGAGUCUGAGUUCAUUCGUAGUAGGAGAAUUGAAAUGGAUCAUGAUGCAGGUUUGCCAACACCCACUUCAAGAAAGGCUCCCAUGCUGGCUCGAGCUCCAGCUCUACCUCCCGUGCCUGCUCCACCACCAGUGGAAACGAGGACUUCAGAGAUAGUAGAAUCUAAAACCAUGCCUGUGGAACCUAAGUUGAAACCCGCCAGUCACAGUCAGCUUGUUAGGACCCCGGUUCCGAAGAAACCUAAAGCUAAGGAUCCUGACAAAAGGGAUAUGACUUAUGAGGAGAAGCAGAGGCUCAGCUUAAACCUUCAGAGUUUACCUUCGGAGAAGCUAGAUAAUAUUGUCCAGAUAAUUAAGAGGAGGAAUCCAGGUCUCUUUCAGCAAGAUGAUGAAAUUGAAGUGGACAUAGCCAGUGUUGAUCCAGAAACACUUUGGGAAUUGGAUAGGUUUGUGACCAAUUAUAAAAAGAGUUUGAGCAAGAAUAAGAGAAAAACUGAAAUUGCUCUUCAGUCAGAGGCAGAAACCGACAAUGCUACCCAGGAGACAAAUUUAGCACCAGCCGUUGCUGAGGCUCCUAAAGAAACUGAAGCAGUUGAAAACAAUGUUACCAAAUUCAUCCCAGUUCAAGGAGAAAAGCAAGGUGAUAACGUGAGUGGAUCUAGUAGUUCCAGCAGUUCUGGCAGUGACUCUGGAUCCUCUUCAAACGAUUCCCACAGUGAUGGUUCCUCUGCAACUGGGUCAGAUGCACAUUGACCUUGAACGUCAAAGGAUCCAGCCCAACAGGCUGCCGGCUCAUGGGAUGAAUGGCUAGUUGCAUGACAAUAGAGGCCAAAGAGGUGUUUGGAGAAUCAAAAGACCUGUCAUCGUCUAAGAACACUUGAUGGUGGAACGAAGGGGUUCAAACAGCAGUUAGGUUAAAGAAAGAUAAUGAACAAACAGUGAGGUUUGUGAAAAUUACAGAGUGAUGAAGAAGAAUCCAAAACAGGUAGCUAGUGAAGUCAAGGAAAAGGACAACAUGAGAGUUGAGUCACUAUAAAUGUGUCAAAGAUGAAGGUCAAAGAGUUUUAGCUAGUGAAGUAGAGAUUCAAGAAUGAUGGAGCUUUUUUAUAAUCUUCUUUAUAGAAGUAAUAUAGCAGAUUAGGGAGGGCUUUAUUCAGGAUGGAAAUUGUUGGAUUCAUACAAAAACCGAGGAUGGUUUAGGUGAAGGAUGCUUUGAGGAGAUAAAAAUGGAUAAAUCUUUUCAUUAAUGUGGUGCAUUUUGGAACAGAAAGAGCUUCUCUAAGGUAUGUUGACAUGAUCAAGUGGAAAUGUCACAUGCGAGAGCUUCCUAAUAUGGUAAGUUUACAUCAUGGAUCAAAAUUAAGGCUGUAUAUCUUUGGUGUAUCUUUUUUCUAUUUUGAUAGGUAAUCAAAGAUAUUAUAUUCAUAGAAAUAGGCAAAGCCCAGGUAUAUAGGCAAUAUACAUGAGGAAAUGUCUAGCUAGAGGAAAUAAAAAGAAGAAAAUUAUGGACACUUGGUCUGUUACAAACGAUGGCCCCAACCCACAAGAACAAUGAUUUAAAAAAGAAAACUUUUAGCUCAUCCAUUGUUCUCUCUCGAUCUUCAAAGCUCCUAGCAUUUCUCUCCCUCCAAAUGCACCAAGACAUGCAUAUCGGUACCAAUAUCCAAAUUGUCGCUACCUGUGAAUCACUAUGUAUUCCUCUCCAACUUGCGAGGAAAUCCACCAAUCUACAUGGCAUAAUCCAAGGCAACCCAACUCUUGAGAAAAAAUCAUCCCACAUGAUCCUGGCCACCUCACAGUGUGAAAGCAGAUGAGCUACUAACUCCCCAUGCUUCUUACACAUGCAACAACAAUCGAGCACAAUUACCUAUUAUUUCCUCAAAUUAUCAGUAGUGAGGAUCUUAUCCAAAGAUGUUGUCCAAACAAAAAAUGUUGCUUUUGAAGGAACUUUCGUCUACCAUAUACUCUUCCACGGGAACAUAGACCUUCCGGAGUUCGUAAGCACUUGAUAAAAAGAACUGACAGAGAAAAUACUUUUCUUAGAAUGACUCCAAUAUAUCUUGUCUCCAGUGCCCCCUAAAAUACUUGUGGACUAUAGUGCCGCAAAACACUCCGUAAUAGACUCCAACUCUUAAUCUUAAGCUGCCC